AGCAGAGUUAGCAUAACUAACUUCAUCUUGAGUUUGAACCUUAUCUUCUGAACACAUACAUGUAAGUCUGGGCUGACUGCCAAGUUUUGGGCUGCUGGCGAAAUGAAGAUGACUAGGCACUUCCGUGGACAUUACCAAAUAUUCUGAUUUAAGACUUCAUCUUGGGAGACCACAAGCAAAUCUAACAAGUGCAGGUAAAGGCAGACACCGCCACAAGAAGGAUACAAUUGAAAUAAAACAGUGACACUUGCUAUUCGCCCUCCUGCGAAUGAACCGUGCUGACUGCUCGUGUGUCUGGCUUGGUGGCCAUUCGUUACUCCAGGGCUGUGCUGUCUCGAGCUGGUUCAGCAGUCUUCUUUGCAUGACAUGGACCCCUGGACGCUGAGGCCUCUGUGACUCCGAGUGACCAGUGAUCACCACUCUGUGAGUAGCCUAGACCGGAGACAUUUGGGACACUUGGACUUACGGGUGAGAGCAGACAUCUUUAGAGUUGCAGUUGGGACACCGGCACCCUCAGAAUGGACGGGAAACAGCGGCAGCACACCGUGGAUUCUGAACUCAAUGCAGCUGAACUGUUACCCAGAAAUCCAUACUGCUCCAAUUGCAGAUCGCACUGCGAUUGUGGGUCGUCUCCCGUGACCUUCCAGCCACACUGGGUUACAGCAAAACCAUGGUCACUCUGGAAAACAUUUCUGGUGUGUCUAUUGGCCUGUCUAAUUGCUACGACCCUCGUUGUUCUGGUCUUAUAUUUUGUUCAUUUCGGCAAGCCCACCAUCGGUCCGACCAUCAUCAUUCAUGCAGAUGGAAAGUUCAGUCACGUGACCUGCAUCCCUGGUUCUACCCCAUCUCCUGCCCCAUCGACCCUGCCUGGAUCUCAGAGCACCCUGCCUCCUACCGCUGUGGUCAGCCAAAGAUCUCCCACCACAGUGCCUCCACCUACCAUGCAGCCAACUAAAACCGAAGAGGAACAUGAAGUCGUCAUUGAAUACGCAUAACAACAGUUUUGAGCCCUGAGCCCUCCUCAAGCCAGGUCGACACUCUUACUCUGAAGGAGACAUGUCUAGGCUGUUCUGUCCUCCCUGCCAAGAGAUUCCACAGCAUUUGACUUCAUGAGGUCUUGCCCAUCUUGCUCAGUCAUUUGCUGGAAUCCCAUGCGGUGAUGAUUCAGUUUUGGGACCGUCAAUGUUCAAAUGAUUGGAAAAAACAUUUCAGCUGAGCCUGGUUGACGAAUCUAGGCGGGGACCCAGAGUUUUCUCUUCACCCCUUCAGUACCACCAACCUCAUUUCUCACCCACGGAGAUCCAGCUGCUGAAGAGGCUGCCGGGUGGACCUGCUCUGCUUUGCUCCCCGCAUGCUGGUCCUUAAGCCAGUGUUUGUCAUCUGUUAUUGGUUAUGUCCCGGUCUAGCUUCAGCAUCUGUAUCCUAGUAGGGAAAGAGAGAAAUGUUCCAGCAAAGUGCUUAAUGAGCAUGGCUUAUUAAAUAUCUAUUGAUCAUUACAGAAGUGUUCCUUCUUUUGGGGGAUUCAGUAAAGAGGGGAAUUCAGUGAGCACAGGAAUAAUCAAGGAAGAUUUCAGAGAAGGGCUGAAAGUUGAAAAAGGGUAAAAGUUUGCCUUUAAGUAGAGAUCAUUGGGACAGAAAAUGAGAAGGUGAAGGGGGUUUAAUAGAUUUAAAGUCAAAGGCUCACUUAGAAACACUUUAAAUGUAACAGUGAUGUACUUUCUAUAUCUGUACUUUUUUCACUGAUAUUGUCAAUAUUAUUUUCCAUAUUUAAUAAUCUGCUUAAUCUCUAAACCACUAUAAACUACUACUUAUAAAAUUUGGAUGUUUAAACUGUUUUGUACUUUGUACUAUAACUUUGAGGGCACAUGGCUUAUAAUUUGAUAUGAAACACAGACUCUUGUUCAUUAGGACUUGUAUUCUAAGUGCUUGAUACUUAGUAAAAGAAUAAACAUUUCAGUCUGGAAUAGACCAAAGUGAAGCAGCCUUCCCACCCCACCCUCAUCCUCCGGACUCCACAAAAGAGACUGUGUACUUAUUUCUUCCCCAGCACAGUAUUAAAUCAAUUCAUUUCUACUGUCCUUUCAAUUUAAAAAAUCAUGAAGAAGAAAGAUUAAAUUCAGUAGGUUAAAAUGUGCUUCUAUGGGUGAUUUAAACUUUGCUUUGUGAUUUAAAAGUAAGACCUUUUAAUAAAAAGACAAAUAAAUGUACCGCUAAUUUGUUUAAGUGUUGUAGAAGCCAUCCUAAGUAACCAGAUGUUUAGUAGGAACUGCUGUUUUCUUCCUUUACUGUUAGAUAACACAGAACGCAGUGUGGUAAUAUGGGAAGGGUAAUUUUUGUGUGUGUUUAAGGAGAACCUUCUCUUAGCAAUGAAAUUCCUACAUUGAAUAUUCGGUUGGAGGAUAUUGUAACUAAGGGUAUGUGAGAUCAUCAAGGUUCUGUACUUUGUAAAAUAGAGAUGUAGAUGAGCUCACAGAUUCUUUUUUGCU